UCUGUGAUUUUCAGCAGCAUAGUAUGACAUUUUACUUGUUUGCAUAGUUCUGGUUAAUUUGGACUCUAUUAUACAUUACUUACGUUUUGCAUCGCGAAGCCUACCAAUAGUAUAAGUAAUCUUCUGUUGUAAUAUUUGAUGAGAGGGGCCCUAACUAUCAGCCCACCAGAGAGCCAGAGAUUCUCCCUGUGAGUCUUUACCCAUUCUGCUGCAUCGCUAUCAGUGCUUCUGAAGUGAGCGGUGGCGCUGUAGUUAUGGAUUUGAUUCUGUCCUUUGGCUUAAUUAGAUUAAUUGCAUAAUUGGGAUGAUAAAUGGAAUUCAGCACAGAGAUGAAAUGGAGUAAACUCUAAUGGUACAUCACGUGCCUGCUGUCCUUAAAAAUAUAAGUACUUUAUUAAUUUUUCAUAUACCCACAUGAACUACAUUUACUGCCGUUAUAAGUGAGUUCCUUUUACGAGUCUUCAUCAGACCUACCUCUUCCAGGAUGGAAAUGGUCACCUUGCAAAGUAUCUGCUUUUCGCACUUCAGCUGUUCUCCAGAUCAGUUCCUAUCCAACCUGACAGCCUCUCCUCAAUGUUUCUGCAUUUCUUAUUUGCCAGUCUCUUUUAGCUUAGAUGAUGUUUAUGUGUAACAGCAGGUUGCUUUUUGUUAAUGUUGCAAGACUUUCUUGUUCUUGUUUCUUAUUUCAUCACAGUCAAAUGCUUUUUUUAAAAAAAACCCGUGAGCAAUGCAGUAGUCAUCUUUGUUUUUGGAUUUUGCUGGGUGCACUGCACUGUCCUGUCCCAUAGAAGCUGAUGGCUGAAUUCUUUGGCAGUAGUUUACACUGUUGGCUGGCCUCUUAAUACACUCCCGUAUUGACAUAAUGAUUGAUUGUGAGCUGCUGUGUAAAAUCAGCUGAGGACAGUAUUUAGUAAAAAGGUGAUGAAUUUCUAUAUUUGGGAAGCUUUAAAUAAUCCUGGUUGAAACACUCUGGUCUUUCUGCAGUAUAGAACUACUUGUGUCUCCAGAAUCAAAGGAGAGUAAAUAAAUCGGAAGCCCAAUACACAAAGGCAACAUGCAGCUUAUAAUAAUCAGGCAAGUUUAUAGAAAUUUCUGCAAAUAGUUACUGAGAAUUCAUUGUAGGUAACACUUGUUCCAUUGUUUUACAGCUAAUGACCUUAAUAAAGCAUGUUGGGACAUAAUUUUCUAAUUUUAAAAAUGUACCAUUAAUCAUUUACCAAGCUGUAGCUCAACAGGAUUAUUAAUCUAAAAAUAAAUAGAUGGAUGGAUGGAUGGAUAAAAAAAAAUUUAAAACAGUUUUAUCAAGUGGUUAUGGUUUCAAUUCAUCAGACCAUUCCUCUAUUACACUAUAUUAUCACUGCUCUAUUAUGUUAUAUAAUUUUAAAAUAUUUGAAAUACAUUGACUUCACUAGUAGGCUAGAAUAAAAGUCCCUUUUUGGAUUCCCAUUUUAGGUUUUCAGUCAAGCUCACAGGGUUAUUGUGUUGGGUUAAGUGCUUCAGAAUCUAAUUACUCUAAUGUUGACUGCAGCCUUAAAUCACACUUACUGGCUAAGUGCACUGGUGUGUCCCUCCUUCAGUGGGAAGCGCUGCGCUGCUUCCUGAGUAAUUAUUCCGAUUGGAUAUGAGCUAUUACACUUAUUGGCUGGGGCAUGGCAUCGCAAGCCUGGCCUCUGAUUCGUCGCCAGUGGCACAGUUUUGCUGCUUACCAUUGGCUUCUGAGGGACAGUGGGAGGAGAUUUUGCCCUUUCCUCCUUGUGCUACAGCAUGAGUGAGGACUCUUUCUCUGCCACUGAAUGACUGCAGGUAUUGGUUUCUGCCUGUAAAACACCCUGUGUGUGUGUGCGUGUGCGUGUGUGAGUGAGUGAGAGAGCGAGAACGAUAGUAAGAGAGAGAGAGACGCAAGCAGCGCCUCAUCCUCCCCUUCUGGCUUCCCUCUCUCCCUGUUCCCUAUUACUCCUACCUUCUUCCCUUUUGGACCACCCAUCUCCAACUGGACUGACCUGGACCUCUGUGCACCUUCAGCCUCCAGUUCUUUUCACUCUCCUCAUUUGUCCUGCCUGCCCAGUCAGCUUGACAGCAGGCCAGUUCUUCAGCUGGGGUCAGAAAAUGAUCUGUGAAGGUGAAGAAAUGCAAGGAGGGGGAAAUCCUUCAUAGAAGUGUCUACAUUGAAAACAACAAAUCCCUGCUGAAGGAAAUAUUUCUUUGUCAAACCAGAAGACAAGGGCUUUGGUAUUUCAAAACAUCUGUAAUCGGUCACAGGAAUCAUAUAUUUCAGGUGGAACCACACUGGAUAAACAGACCUUUCCACACCUUUUUGGGAGUGUUACAGUGCUGGGUCACAUGACCUGGAAGAGAAAACCCAAAGGACUUGUGGGAUCCCUCUUUGAAUGGGCCGGUUAUCAACCUGGAGAGAAAUCCAAAGGCUGAUGAGCCGAUUUGUAUGGUGACGCAGCUGCGCCCGUCCCCCUCGGACUCCGCUUCCAUUUAUGUCCUGAGCUUGGCGACCCUCUGCCAUUUCGGUGACUGGUUGGCUGCAUUACCAUCACACUCUUCUAGCCUUUGGAGGAUUCUUGUCACGUGACUUAAAUCCUGCCUCACCUCCACUCCCAGUAUGGACCCUACCAAAAUCCAGUCAGAAGGAGGGUUGAAUGUCACCCUCACCAUCCGACUCCUCAUGCAUGGCAAAGAAGUGGGAAGCAUCAUUGGCAAGAAAGGGGAAACAGUAAAGAAAAUGCGUGAGGAGAGUGGUGCACGAAUCAAUAUUUCAGAGGGAAACUGUCCAGAGAGGAUAGUCACCAUCACAGGCCCAACAGAUGCUAUCUUCAAGGCUUUCGCCAUGAUUGCCUACAAGUUCGAAGAGGACAUUAUAAAUUCCAUGAGCAACAGUCCAGCCACCAGCAAACCGCCCGUCACGCUGCGGCUGGUGGUACCAGCCAGCCAGUGCGGCUCUCUCAUUGGCAAAGGAGGCUCCAAGAUCAAAGAGAUGAGGGAGUCCACAGGUGCCCAAGUGCAGGUGGCGGGGGACAUGCUUCCGAAUUCCACAGAACGUGCCGUGACAAUCUCGGGGACCCCAGAUGCCAUCAUCCAAUGUGUCAAACAGAUAUGUGUGGUCAUGCUGGAGUCCCCACCAAAAGGUGCCACCAUCCCCUACCGCCCCAAGCCCGCCUCCACCCCCGUCAUUUUUUCAGGUGGCCAGGUAAGAGCCGAGCCACUGGCGGCGUCUGCAGCCAACCUCAGCCUUUUACUGCAGCACCAGCCACUGCCUGCCUACACAUUACAGGGACAAUAUGCCAUUCCGCACCCCGAUUUGACCAAGCUCCACCAGUUGGCUAUGCAGCAAACCCCUUUUACUCCCCUCGGACAGACCACCCCCGCUUUCCCUGGUUUGGAUGCCAGUCCCCCGGCCAGUACUCAUGAGCUCACCAUUCCCAAUGAUCUAAUAGGCUGCAUAAUUGGGCGCCAGGGAACCAAAAUCAACGAGAUCCGGCAGAUGUCUGGAGCACAGAUCAAAAUAGCUAAUGCCAUGGAAGGGUCAUCCGAGCGCCAGAUCACCAUCACAGGAACCCCCGCCAACAUCAGCCUUGCCCAAUACCUCAUCAACGCAAGGUUCAGAGACGUGGCAGCCAUGUGGAAUGACCCCUCAUCCAUGUCUACAUCCUGAAGCCCUAAAACAACCCCAAUACCCGAUGCUUACAGCCACCAUCCCCCUGUUAAACUGCUGUGGACCCCUUAGAUUCAACUAGGCCCGAGUUACUACCUGAUUGUCAACCUCCAGCAGUUCCUCGCCAUGUAUGAGGAGGCGACUGCUGAUAAAGACAAAAAAUGGUGUAGUUUGUUUUUGUUCUUAUAGUCUUUGGGUACAGUUCUCCAGCAUGCCAGAUAUGUAGGAUUCAGCUGUGUUAUUCUCUCUUAGGUUUGCUUGUAUUCUUCAGCAGGACUGCAGUUUUCAUGCCAGGAAAACCAACAAAAAAGUAAUGUGAAAAAAAAAUGUACAUGUGACUGCUACCAAGCAAUGCUGUUCGCUGAGGAUCUGGAGUGAUGUGAUGUCAUUUUUCAGGUCCUGAUAAAAAACAAAAUGGAAAUGGGCAAUGGGAAGAUCCUAUUGAGAAUUUAUAAAGGAAUAUUGUUUACUUAAUUUCUAAUUCAAAUAUAAUGUAAACUUUGUAUCGAUUUGGCCAGGGGUUUGGGGAUUUUUAAUUUUCCACUCUAACAUUGUUUAUUUUAGGCUCAAACACUGUAGGCCUGAAUGCAUACCUAAAAUGUAGUUCUUGGACAAGAAAUUACGAUGGUUGUACAUUACAGAUUUCACUGUUGUUUAUAUACGUCUCAAAUGCUCUCAUGAUUGUUUUCUAUAUCUCUUCUUUAUCCACUUACCCUGACCCUCUUCUCCAAACUGCUCUAGGCUGACAUCUGAGAUCACUGGAAUGGGCACACUCUAAUUUCUACCAAUCAUCCUUCACUGCAUCACAUGACCCUCUUGAGCUAAUGGCAUUGCACCUAGUUUUCUUUCUACCAUUCUGACUGUCCUGCAUUUUAAGUGAUGAACUUAUUUUUAAAAAUGUAUAGAUAUUUAUAUACACCAUUCUAAUUUCCCACUGACCAUACUGUUCCUGCAUUAUCCUAUAUUGAUUUGUUGCUCCAGACCUGCUCCCCUGUUGUCUUAAAAGGACACUGUACUGUUUUGGCACCCUAGUACAGUACAUGUCACCUUCAUAACAUGAAGUUCACUGUGAUUCAUUUUUUGGUUUAUAUAUAUAUAUACUGUGCAAAAAUCUUAGGCACUCAAAAGAAAUGUUAAACGCUAUUUAUCUGGCUAGUAAGUGCACAUUGUCUUAGAACAAGAAAAUAUUAUUUAACAUAAGAACAUAUGAAAAUUACGAGUAACACAAUAGAAACUAGUAAAAAUGUCUUCUGCUCUCCUAAAAGUUACUGAUAUCUACUUGGAUGGCUAGAUGAACACCACUUCAGUUCCCAAAUUUCUCCUCAGUGGGACCCGAACCAUUCUAUGUGUUUAUUAAAUUUCACCACCAGCUCGCUUAAUUAAUUAACUUAAUUAGUUAAAAAAGUGAACAAGAUAUUGAAUAGAUAUAUGAAGUGGUCAGGUAAAAAAAUACACGGGUGUAUUGCAUGGUUGCUGGAAAUAAUAGGGUUAUUUUAGCUGAGGUUUUGAAAUGGCUAAGCUGACACACUUUGAUAGGCGUAACAGCAUAGUUUAUUAGUUAUUUAAACAUAUAUUUUUUGGCUGCCUAAGGCUUUUGCACAGUACUGUGUAUAUAUAUUUUUUAUUAUUAUUUAUUUAUUUAUUGUUCUGUAUUUUGUGCCCUACAGGCACGUCAAAGCCCUUUUAAGUCAGUGGACAAGGAUAGAACUGCAUGAUUGUGAAUCUGAUGUUUUAUAAAGUAAUGUUUAAUUGUUGUUCAUAGUUGUAAAGCAUAGACCAUACCUGAUUCAUCCAGGAACUUCAUGCCAGUGCAUUUCACACAGGGUAGUUUAGAAAGAUGGAUAGGGUACAGGUUUCCUUUUAGUAGGGCCAGCAUACAAAAUGAUAAAAAUGAUUUUUGUUUAUUUUAAACAAUGUCUGAGGUAUGUGAACAUUCUAGCAUACUAGCAAUUGUGUGAACAGUAUAGUUGCAGUAUUUGAACCAUAAGAGAAGAAUAUUUAAUAUUUGAUAACUUAUGAUGUAAUCAAAUAAACGAUUCAUUUAUGUGCAUUUAGGUGUUUCGAAGAAUUUUACUAAAAUCAUUUCACCAUUAUUGAAAAAUAUUCUUUUAUCCUCUUAAAAUGUAUACCAGUAUUUUAAUGCUCAGAUCAACCCAUUUGUACUCUUAUUCGGGCCAUGUGCUAUAUACUUUCUGCACAUCACGUGAUUUUUAUUUUCUUUCCCUUACUCUGAAAAAUAUAAACAUUUCUGAAAUAUCUGUUAUUCUUGCCUUGGUGUUCCGCUCUUCACGUCACACAAAGGCUUGAAAAUCAUUAUUUUCUGCAUUCAUGCACACAUUAUAAAUUCAAUAUACUGAUCAUUGUUGCAAAUUGACAACUGUACUACAAUCCAUAACUCCUCAAACUCAAUGUGACAUGUUAGAAAUGAGCACUACGCCUUCAGUAUUAGAAUUGAUCCUUUCAGAGCAAUGGAAUGUUGAGGGGUUCCAUCCAAAACCCAACGUGACAACGUAGCAUGAUUGUGUCUUGGUUUUGUUUCAUGAUCAUCAUGUGCAUUUUACUAUCUAUGGAUAUGUUUUUUAGAUGUUGGUAGAUUUAACGCAAGUCCCAGCGUGGUUAAAUUGUUGGGAUGUUUAUGUAAUUGAAAUAAAGCAAUGUUAGUUUACCUGACUUCAGCUAUGCUCCUAUUAAUAGCUUGUGGCUAUUUGAUGUUGGGCUUGAAUUUAAAUAUAAGGUUUAGAAUAUUGCACACAGAUUCAGGGAAUGUACCACUGGUUUACCAUCGGUUAUUAUAUGAAAUGAUACUGAUAGUUAUUUAAAACCACUUACUUCCCCUAAUUUUUUGUGGACAGCAUUAGAAAUAAGUACUACUGUCUCAUGAAUGAGUGCUCAGUUGCAAAUCUUCAGAAGACUUAAAACUUACCUGUAGAGUGCGAUAUCACAAAUAACAUUCUUUAUCCAUUCUGGCAUUAUUUUUUGUCAUAUGAAUUUUCCAUAUUGAUGAAAUAAUUGAUGUCAGUUUUUUUUUGUUUUUUUUUUUCGGUUUGUCAAGCUGUGAAGAGCAGUAUAUGUUACAAUGGUAAAACUUACAUGGUGCCAUUUAUUUCUUCUGACCUUUGUAUUUUUCACACCAUUCAAAAAUUAUAAAUACAUCAAGCUAAGCGUAUUAGCAUCAACUGAAUUUAAGGGUUUUAGUGCUAAACUAAAUUUGAAUGUAAUUCUUUCAAGACAAAUAGUUAUGGCAAUUGUCAAUUUUAAAGUAACUUAUUUAUUGGCCUCUUUGCCUCUUUAUAUUGUGAAAAAUAAUACCUGUCCAACAACAAAUCUUAAGUAAUUUGUAUAUUAUUUUAAGUAGCUUUAAUGAUACAAACAGAAUACAAUGCCACAGCAGCAUGUAGUCAGAUCCAAAAAUUUACUUUGAGGUAAAUGCAAAGGCUGUGUAAAUCUGGAUUUGUGUGACUUUCUGUAGCCUUGAUAAUUCAAAGCAGAGUUUGCUAGUAAUAUACAUUAAAUGAUAGAUAUGAGUGUAUUUUUCUUUGAAAUUUGUCCUUUAAUUUUUUUGUGUUCUUGAAAUGGCCACAAAAUAUUUGCACUGUUUUGAAAUGUGUUUUUUAUCUGAUUUUGUUGGAUUGUAAUUAAGUAACAUUUAAUUUAGAUUAAACUUCCACAGAAUGUGUAAUAAAUGCAAUAUAUGCAAUGUAUACAAUAUUAGUUCACUGUAAAACCAGACAAUCUUAAUGCACUCUAUAUGUAACACACUUGAAUUUGGUCUGAAAAUAUACAACAGAAAUAGUUUGUGUUACAAAAAUUAUAUUUUUGUUCUGAUGUUUCCAUCCCCAAACAAACUACAAUUGAUGCUAAUUAAUUUUGCUAUUUUAAUUAUGGUUAUACAGUUCUUGUGUUUGUAUUGUUCACUCUCACAGCCAGCUUUUUGAAUUACAAAAACAUGGCACAUUUUUUCUGACCGUGUGAUUAACCUGGGGCCAAGCAGGUAAUUGUUAAUUCCAGGAUAAUAUCAGAAAUAUUUUUUUUAGAAUCUUGAUGGGACAAUAAGACAAGGCACUAAAUUCAAACUCACAGCUGGGUUUUUAAGACAAUAAAGUGGACUUUUAAUAGGGCAGAAUAUACAGUACAGAUGACACAUGGAUUUAAUUCUAGUAAACAGCUUGGUUUUUUCCCCUUUAAUCAGAUUUCUUUGUUUGAUAUUUCAUAAUAUUACUGCUCAAAUGCUGAGGUUGAGAACUGCACACCAACAACUAUGGUUAAAUUAUGUGUCAUUGUGUUAAAAAUGAUCUUUUCAGUAUUUGGGAGACGAUUCAUCCAAUCCAACCAUUGAAAUCUAAUUCUUUUAAAUAUAUGUGUUACAUUUUUGCUUAUUUUAACCUGUACUAGAGCAGCAAAAAAAAAAAAAAAAAAAAAAAAAACAUUUUGGUCUGUGCUUAUGUAAAUUCUGCAGUUUUGACAGUGUAAUGAAGAGUAUAGUUUGUAUUUUAAUUUGAAUGAUUUGCUGCUUGCAGAUCUAUAUUAGAUUAAGAGUACUGAGAUUAGGUUACCUCUGAAAUGUUUUGUAACAAGACAAAUAAAUAGUUUUUUUUUCCCUUAAA